GCUAUGAGCUCAUCAAAAGCGGGUUCACCUGAAAAGCUGCAAGAUGAAGACUUGGCAGACAUUAAGCCAUUGGUUGAGGAUCGGAACUUUCAAUUUUCACUCGAAACAAAAGCUUUUCAUUAUAUGAUCUCUGGAAUUCGAGAGCACUUCGAGAAUCACACAGGUCUCGCGUCUAAACUCGGCAUUGUUUUAGCGAAUUUGGACCCUACCAGCAAAGCAUACAAGGAAACUAAAUCUGACGAUGCCCUAAGAAACGCAUUGUUCGACGCGGUGUCCAAAGCUGUAAAUGAUUCUAGAGUAGAAACAUGGAGAGUGGUUUUCAGUCAUCAAAUCUUUCACCUCAAUUCACCCUACAAUAUGCAAGAGAAAGACUUGGCAGUCAUCAAACCGUUGGUCGAUGAUCGAAUCUUUCAAGUUUCACUCGAAGCAAAAGCUUUUCAUUAUAUGAUCUCUGGAAUUCGAGUGUACUUUGAGAAUCACACAGGUCUUGCGUCUAAACUCGGUAUUGUUUUAACGAAUUUGGACACUACCAGCAAAGCAUACAAGGAAACUAAAUCUGACGAUGCUCUCCGAAACGCAUUGGUCGAUGCGGUCUCCAAGGCUGCACAAGACUCCACAGUCGAGACGUGGAGAGUGGUUUUCAGUCAUCGUAUGAUCGAUCUUCCCAAACUAUUCUAUUGGAAUUUUGACCAUCUUUCCAGGACUAUUCCGACACAGGCCCAUUGGGCAUAG